AUGGCAGAGGUUGAAAAAGAAUCAUCAAAUGAAAAAUUAAGUAAAGACCAAAUAGAACAAGAUGAAAAAACACAAGAGGACUUUUAGAAAAAUGGAGAAUAAAUAUUUAAUUAAGAAAUGUUUGAAGAAUUGGCAAAGCAGAAGAAUUAUAAUGCAUUAGCCAAAAUAGCUGAAAAAGAUAAAACUUAAUUCAAAAUUUUCAAGAGAUUGAAAUGGAAAGGCUAAUUAUAUUAAAUAAAUGAAUCAAUAAGAGUCAAUUUUUAGGAUACUUUAAGAAUUGGAAUAAUAAAAAGAAUCACAAGCAUAAAAUCAUUUAUUGAUAAUUAAGAAUUGCCAUUGCUUCAAUUAAAUUGGUACUACUCGAAAAUGGAUCUCGAUUCACAAUGGGAACGGUAUAUGAAAUGUUUCAGCGAAUAUGAAUUAUUCCUGACUGAAAUUUCAGAUUUCAUAUUUAUAGGUUAGAUUAUCGACAAAGUAAAGGUUUUAAGCUUAAACGAAUAUGAUUCAUUUUUAGAUGAUGAUAUUAGUGGUUAAAAUAGAUUAUUUUUUAUGAGAUGCACAUACAAUAGCGAAAAGAAAAGUAUAAAUCCGAAUCUAAAUGAAUUAGAGAAGGUAUGUUUUUGUGAAAUGCCUCAAAAUCCAGAUUUAGUCUAUAUUUUUUGUGAAUCAUGUAAAAAGUGGUUGCAUAUGGACUGUGUGCAUUUAACCGAAGAUGAAGCAAAGAACAUUGAGGAGUAUAUUUGUGUUUAAUGCAAUAAGUGA